CAUGCGUAAGGGAGCUUAAAAAUAAAUUAUGUGUGUUGUGUGGUUAUACGGCCAAAAAUAUCUAUUCUUUUUUCAUCUCAAAUCCGUUAUCAUAGGGUAUGACAGGCCCUAAAAAAAUAGUGAUUGUUAAGCUUGGUGGAGCUGCCAUUACAAACAAAAGAGGCGUGUGUGAAUUGGCACCAGAAAAACAACUUGAGCAAACUUUAAAUCAUGUGCAAUUAGCCUAUAAGAUAUUAAGAAAAUCUGGUCACCAACUUGUUUUAGUUCAUGGCGCAGGUAGUUUUGGCCAUCCACAAGCAAAAAAGUAUAAUCUAAAAGUCGGUUGGUCUUCAUCAUCAGAUGACAGUAAUCCUAACCCUAGUUACGUUAAGGGCUUUUCGCAUAUCAGAUCUUGUUUACAAGAAUUGAAUUUGGCCAUCAUUUCAAGGCUGGAAUCUAGAAAUGUACCUGUAUUGGCAAUCCCACCAAUCGAUUAUAUACAGACACAGAAUUGUGAAGACACUUGCACAGAAGAAUUCGGUUAUAUGGCCUCCCGCGUCAAAAAAUACUUGGACUUAGGAUUUGUACCAGUAUUGCACGGUGACGCUGUUUUGGAUGAUAUUAGAGGAUGUACGAUACUGUCUGGUGAUAUCAUCAUGUACCAAUUAACAAGAUUAUUCCCUGCUGUAGCCAGAUGUAUUUAUAUUACUGAUGUCAGUGGUAUAUAUCAGACAGAUCCUAAAUUAAUCACAUCCGAAUCGAACGAAUUACUUCCUCAUGUCUAUGUCCAAGAAAAUGAAGAAGAAAUCGAACAACAGGAAGUAUCCGACAGCGUUUUGGCAGAUGUCACAGGUGGAAUGCAAGGGAAAAUUAAAUGGGCCAAAAAGAUUAUUUUGUCAAAUAAUAGUAUUGAUACAAUCAUUUGUAAAUGGGGAUCCGAAGAAGCUUUAGCCAUGAUGUCUCUACAAUCACCAAAUAACGCAAUCUAUACAAUGACUCGAUUUACAAAAAAAUCAUAAAUAAACAUGAUCCAAAUUCUAUCUCUUUUAUUGUUGUGACAAAUAUUCUUGAACAAGCUUUUUGAUCGACUCUGGUUCUUUUUGGUAUACUUCCAAUAAACGCUC